CUGAAAUAGGCGGUAAGGUAACUGGCAGAAUGUUAGACCACGCUCACCUUUUUUCAGACCACGAUGAGCUGCGACCCGACAAUGACAAUACUGUCGAACAUAUAGUCAAUACAAAGAUGGUGAAGUCGUGUUUGGGCCCCACAAAAUGGCAUAAAAUUGAAACGGCGAGUGGAAGGGAGUCUGUUCUCAUCCAUCCUCCCCUCUAUCAGAUAUCCCACCCAGCGCGACGCCAUCGGAGCUCAAUAUAUCAGCGAUAACGCUCAGCGGGACAAGAUCAAACAAGCUACUCGCACAACAUGUCAGACUUCCACAUCUCCAAACAGGCACGAGCCAAUGAAGCCGGAGACGCGCACGUACGCUUCCCUGGCGAGGAAGAGACGCCGGAACUGAAGCACACAGUCAACGAAGAGAAAGCCCGCAGAAUCCGCGAGCAAGUCGACAACCUCGAGAUAGAGGAACUCGCCAACAUUGUCAUCAAAGCAGCCGAAGCCCACCCAGACGUCUGCGCCAUGCUCGAGAGCACCAUUGAGGCAAUCCGACGACAAGAAAGUAGUCGAGUGAUCAACUUCGAUUGGGAAUCGAAGUCAGUGUGGAAGACUCUCAAUGUCACCUACCGGAGUCUGAGCGGGUCGAAGCAGUGUGACAUCGCGGGGGAAGUUGAAAAUGAUAUUAUAGAGACUAUUAAACGGAUUGCCGCGCAGUGCGGACCAUAUGCCAAUUCUCAAACACGGUUUAAUGGUCUCUCGGUGCUACGCAAGAUUGGCAAGUCGAUUGCACUCUCCUAUGAUACGUUGGCCCGUGAGGUGCGCAUGCGGUUUCAGUGGGAUCCCACCAUGGAAGACUCGAUGAUGAAGAUUGUCAGUGCCAUGGAGGCACAGGAGAGACUGGCUAUUUAUCAGGACAAUACCAGCUCGGAGGCCCUGUGGCCCAAGUUAAGGGAAUUGGAAGGACUGGCAGAGAGUCACUGUAUUUUCAAGGGGAUUUCACAGGUGCUGGACCUAUUGCAGGGAGACGAAGAUCCGGAAGAAUCUCCCCAGUCCGAAGAUGAGGGAGACACGGAAUCUACUAAUGAAGCGAGGUAAGAACUGAAUGGCGGGCCAGAGAAACUUUGGUGGUGCGAUUGAUUUCAAGGUACAUGUUCUCGUGAUAAUAAUCGCUCGUGUGUGAUAGUCGAUGCUCUCCCUGAAAUGUCCGUCGAGUGUAUAUUAGGGAGCAACAGAAUGAAAUUAG